AUGUCUAAUCAGCUCUUAUUUCUGAGUUUAGCUGACAUAUUCUCGGUUUAUCCGAAUAUUUUUAAAGAAUUAAUAGCCACGCGGGAUAAGCAGUCACUAAUAUAUUUGCCAAGUGAUCCCGAGUGGCAGGAGCGCAUGUAUUACCGCCUAUUAGAGGUUCAAAAACGUGUCAACGAGGCCAUUGAUAGUGAGGUUGAGGUGGACUAUGUUGUGGUGCGGAAGGAUACACACACAUUUAAUCAUUUGGCAUUUGUACUCAACUUGUCUCCAGUUAUUUCACCGAAUAUUUCGCCGAAUGGUAUGUAUCAAGUGGCGAAGAAGAAAUGCUCUCAAAUACGUGGGAAAUCACUGAAGGAUAAAAGUAAAUUUUGGAAUUUAUCAACAAUUGCCAACGCAGCGAAAUUACUCGCACGGCCACCAAAACCGUUACAGUUUGAAAAUGAACAUGAAAUGCGCAAAGUUUAUUCACUAAUAUACGAUGUCUUCAGAUACAAAGUCGUCCUCUCAAAUGCACUGAACGACAUAGCAUUUUACGAACGCUAUCCUGAGCAUCGUGAAGACGAAAAUCGAAUUUGGCUAAUGUUUUUCGAAUUGCUUGGACGAAAUUUUAGGAAACGUUUCUCUGAAGAAGUAGACCUGCAACAACAAUUAUUUCACGAAUCAGAAGUGGAAGAAAUCGCAGAACAUCUAUGGGAGUUUCGGAAAUCUUUGGCAGCAUCUAUAUCCCGAAUGCGAAUAAAGUUCAAUGCGCUCACUCUUUCAAAGUUAUUGCCCAUUCACCUGCAAAACGAAAAAGUCGCCAAUGCAGCUUCGAACACGAUGGUAACAGGAUGGAUAAAUCCCUUUUUACUGCGUGAUAAAACUUCAGCUGAUAAAUUUCUACUUGAUUACGGCUAUAUACUUCAAGAAAAUGAAAAUGGACAAGUUUUAGAAACCAAUCACUACCGUUGGGACAAUAUUUGCCCACUAUUUAUAUCCUGUGUGCCGCAAGAUAAGGGUGAAUUCACUAAGUCGAAACUUGUGACGAAUCAUUAUUUUAUCAUUCAGGACAAAGCUUUCUCCUAUGGGCCAGCCGUUAUGUCAAGACUGCUAGAAUACUUUCAGCUGAGUGGUGACAUCCUUCAAACUCAUAUUUCAUCACCUCGUUCCACGGCCUACCUAGCCGCGCUUUUUUAUUCCGUAAAUCGAGUAAACAAUUUUUAUGCAUACGGAGCAGGUCCGCAUCUCAAGGAGUUUCGCAGGUUUAUGGAAGCACUAGGCGUAAAUAAUAUACGCCUUUUCGGAGAACUAUUCACUUCAUUCCCGUUGGAAUCGAAACGCUUCGGCUACGUCGUAGGCAUUUUUGCCAAUCCACCCAAUUCUUUUAGUGCAAUUUCCGAUCCGAUAGACUUGAUAUGCUCACGUGGCGGUGACCUGUCUAUGCUAGAGGUACUCACUGAAUCUGAAAUAAGUGAGGAUGGUAAACGUAGAGUGUCGUUAAUUCUCGAAGAACAACUACUUACACUACAAAUGGCCAUGUCCAGGCCACAAAUACAAUUUUUAUUGUACCAAACCCAUUCCAUUGUAUCAUCGGAAAAUCAAGAUAUGGUGAAAUAUGCCGUCAAACUUGUAAAUGAAACCUCACUCAGGAAACAUCAAAGUGCGUACAGGGAGAAGAAACGUCUGGAAGCAUUAGCAGAAGCAGAGGCGGCUAACAUACCAUCCGCAGCGAUGGGCUCGCCAAGAAAACGAGCCACGAACACACAGGCGGAAGAGAAAGUAAAAACUCCGACUGCAACAGAGGUUGGUACAUCAAAAACUGAAAAUCCCGCUGAAGAACACGUAGAGGCAGAUGAUACGGUAGGGAACGUUGCACUGCCUGAUAUCGACGAGUUUACAUGUGAAGACAUACCAGAUAUAUGUAUUAAUCAGGACAACUGCAUGAAGCAACAUUCAACUGGUUGUUAUAUCUCAUUAAUAAAAAGAGCGAAGAUCACACAAUUGAAUGCAAAAUAUCUCAUAAAGAUGGCAGAAGCGCGAGGACUUUUCUUUACGGCAGAAAAGAGUCCAGCGCCGAGAGUGAAAGGUAUUAAAGCGCAAGACACAAAUUUGGAGCCUACAGUACAAAACGAUUACUUGAACAACCAUAGAGAGAAGAAAUAUAUUAAUGUAGAUAAUUUGAUCUCACGUCUGAUGAGGGACACAAAUUCCAGUUUAAAUCGCAUUGGAGUAUCUAAGGCUUCCAAUCAAAAUCAUCCCCUAAAAUUUAACUUUAAGAGAAGGGAAUGCGCUCGUUACAAAGCUUCAUUGCUUAAGGUCUACCAACUGUCGAAACAGCACAGAAAUGGAAGCCGACGUUGCUCACUAGAAUGUUUGGAAGAAAUUUGCUCAACCGCCAUUUGUUGCUUACAACGUAAAAGCUUAAAAAAAUAUCCAUAUCCAUUGCAUAUACAAAAUUUGAUAAUAUAAAAUAAAGGAGGAACGAGUAUGUAAA